CAGCCGUCUGCUUGGACAGAUAUGCUCCAGAGUGAAGCAGAAAGCAGAUUCAAAGACAAAUGUUGACAAAGGAGAGAAACCAUAUGUUUGCAGUGACUGCGGACACAGAUUCAGACAUCGCUUUAAUCUUAAAAGACACAUGAGAGUUCACACAGGAGAGAAUCCUUUUAGUUGUGACAUUUGUGGUAGAAGAUUUAAACAACAGUGCAGUCUCAAAAGACACACCAGACGCCACAAAGGAGAGAAAUCAUUUAAUUGUGAAGUUUGUGGUAAAAGAUUUAAUGUAAAGGAUGAUCUCAGGCAACACAUGAAGUGCCACACAGGAGAGAAACCGUUUGGCUGUCAGCUUUGUGGAAAAAUGUAUCGAGAUCAGUGUGGGCUUAAGAGGCAUAUGAUAGUCCACUCAGGAGAGAGACCGUUCCACUGUGAUAUUUGUGGUAAAACAUUUAAUGAAAAGAAGUCGCUUAGUAAACAUGCAAUAAUUCACACAGGAGAGAAACCAUUCAGUUGUUAUGUUUGUGGUAAAAGAUUUAGACAUCAGUGUAACGUCAAAACACAUAUGAGAGUUCACACAGGAGAGAAGCCAUUUAAUUGUGAUGUGUGUGGUAAAAAUUUCAACCAACAGACAAUUCUUAAAAAGCACCAAACAGUCCACACUGAAGAUAAACAAUCUAGUCCAAAAAGAUGUGAACAUAAGCUUAUUAAAGCACGAACAGAAGAGAAGCCAUUUGGUUGUGAUGUUUGUGGUAAAAGAUUUGGGCAAAAGUGUAAUCUUAAAUCACACAAGAGAGUUCACACGGGAGAAAAACCAUUUAUCUGUGGUGACUGUGGUAAAAAGUUUAGUCAUAAGUGUCAACUUAAAGCACACAUGAGAAUUCACACAGGAGAGAAACCAUUUGGUUGUGACAGUUGUGGCAGAAAAUUUAGACAUCAGUCUAGUCUUAAUACUCACAUGAGAGUUCACACGGGAGAGAGACCAUUUGGUUGUGAUAUGUGUGAACAAAAAUUUAGCCAAAAGGUACUCCUCCAGAGACACAUCAAAGCUCACAAUGAAGCAAGUCCUGUAUGAGGGGAAGGUUAGUUGCAGCAAUACUGGAUAAAACAAAGAAUUGUACCACUUAGGAGAUUCAACAAAGCCAGGCUUCCUUUGU